UAUAUGCGACUACAUAUAUGUACACAGUGUUAAACAACCGGCAGCGUCGUCCAUAUGAUAUUAAAAAAAAGUUGAGAAAACGUAUAGUUGAAAAUAAAACUCAUUACGCUGUUAAAAAAAUUAUUCAUACUAAAUAUUAUCAAAAUGUUGGAACAGUUGACCAAGUUAUAAAGGAGAGGAAAAUUUUUAAAAUUUUGGGUAAAAUGCCAAGUGCUGUACGAACAUCACUAUUAAAUAAUGGGUGGAUAGAGAAAAUGCCAGAAAAGACUAGAAGAGAUACACAGUUUUAUUCAUUGCAUGAAAACGUACAACGUGCCAAAGCUGUAUCGAACAAAUACGAAGCAGGUCUUUUAUGGUUAGACGACGAAAAUUACCAAAUUGACUGGACUAGACUCGAUCCCGAUACUAUAGUGAACAGGUUUCCAAGGAAUAAUAAUAUUUUUAAGUUAUGUAGCAAUUCUAUGGCCGUUGUAAGAUCCAACAUUUGUAACAUACCUGGACAAUUUGAUAAGUUUUAUCCGAGAACUUAUUCAACAGAUAUUAAAAAUGUAUCAAAUCAUAUUAUUCUCGAUUAUUGUAUCACUGCAUGUGUAUCUUUAUUGAAGCUAUUUAUCUCUAAAUUACAAAUUGAUAAAUCUACUGAAAAUGGAGAAGUUCCUUUAUCAUCCGUUCAAUUUGCUCUACGGGUAUGUCGAUUAAUAUUUGUUGAUAGGAAUCAAGUAGAUACUAUCUGUUAUAAGGAUUCUGAAUGGAAUUAUUUUUUUGAAAAUUACUACAAAGUUGCACAUUAUAACAAAAAUUUUAUUGUAUCUAAAAAGGACCAACAAAUUGCGAAUGAUUUGAAAUGCAACAUUGAGGUUUUAAUAGAUAAAAUUUCAGUAUUAAGCCCUCAAACCGUUAUUGAUGGUUUUAAAAACAUUUGGAUAGUUAAAUCAAAAUUUCAGUCAAAUAGAAAUCCAAUUUUAUUGAACAAAAUUGAAGAUAUAAUAUCAACAUGUGAAAAUUCCAAUAAUUGUGAUCAUGUUGUGCAAAAAUAUAUUGAGACACCAGCAUUAGCUAUUAAAACAAAAUUUAGCAUUAUUGUUUGGAUCAUAAUAUCUACAUUAAACAAUAAUUUCACUAUUUGGCUCUAUCAAAACUGCUGCAUUAGGUUUUGCUUACACGACUUUUCCUUGACAAAUUUUUCGUCUUUAUCUCAUUUUACUAAUCCUAAAUCAAAAUUAACAAUAAAUAGUGUAACACGUUUAUGUAGUUUAAAGAGGUUAAAUCAUGAACUGUAUGCUGUGAACAUAAACAAAAAAAUCGAUCACUUAACAUUAAUCCUAAAAAUUCGGCAAGCCAUAAUUACUUCAGUUACAGCUAGUUUCUACACGACAAACUGUAGACCCAAUUCUAUUGAAUUAUUUCAGACAUCGUUUAUUUUGGAUGAGAAUUUUAAUCCUUGGCUAAUAGAAAUUAAAUCAGAUCCUCGAUUGUCCCUAAAAUCACAUUCAUUGUCGUCUGUAGUCGAUGACCUAGAAAAAGGAUUUGCUAAAAUGAUAAUAGAAAAAUGCCAACAAACUAAAUUUGGUCUCUUCAAUCUAAUUUAUGAAGACUCCAUGUCUCAAAAUUAUAAACCAUGUAAAAUGAUAUAUGAAAAAAUACCUAUCAUGAAGCACAUAAAAAAUAAAAGAGAUAUAUCUCAAAAAGAGCAAGUUCAGCAGUGUAAUGGUUGGGAUAAUUUUGAGUUGGUCGGUGGAACGUAUAUUGAACAAAUACAAGUAAAUGAAGAAAAUAAUAAUGAAUUACAAACUGAGAAGUUUAAAUACAAUUUUAAAUUAUUAAAUAAGAUAGAUAUUUUAGAAUCCAAACUAAUAAAACAAUUUUGGCUUAGCAAUCUUCAAAAUGCAAUGAAACGACUCAACAGUAAGUCAAAGAUUAAUGAAAAUGAAGCUAUUGUUUGCUUAUCUUUACUUGAAAAGUGGAAGGAAAGAGUUCGAUCAGUUCAAAAUUUUUAUAAAAAAAUCUUGAUAAAGACUAACACACAAGAAAAUUAAUCUUUAAAUUUUUUUUUUUUUUCUAAAAUUCAUUUACAUAAUUGUUACAAGUUUUAAAUUAAUUAAAAUCACGAUAUUAUUAUUACUA